UUAGAAAAUUUGUUUAUUGUAGGAACAGCAGCAAUACUGGUACCAGCAGCACUUGCUUAGUCUACAGCAAAGAGCAAAAGCCCAUGCUCAGGGACAGCAGCAAAUGAAAGGCCCAGGAGUAGGGAAGGAUUCAUCUGAGCAGAGAGCAAAGUCUGAAGAAGGGAAAAUGAGUGCUUCAACUCCGCAGUCUGAACCUGCGCCGCUUAAUGAAUCCUUGCCUCCAGCAUCUAAGGAAGAUGAGUCUUCUCUUACAUCCACUGAAACUCAGCUUAAUAUUGAUCCUCCUGAUGACCCCGAGGAAGAUUUGAGACUGCAGCAGUUGCAAGCAGCAGCAGCUCAGUGGCAGCAGCAUCCCCAUCACCGAGUUGGAUUUCAGUACCAGAGAAUAAUGCAGAAGCAUGCCCAGCUGCAACAGAUAGUACAGCAGUAUCAACAAAUCAUGCAACAGCCUCCACAUCUACAGACAAUGUCAGUAGAGAUGCAGCUGCGACAUUAUGAAACACAGCAAAAACAGUUCCAGCAGCUUCAUAAAGACUGGGAGAGAUCAAUGAACCAACAGUGGCAGCAUCAGCUUCAAACGUAUCCUCAUAAAGACCAACUUCAGGAGUAUGAGAAACAGUGGAAAGCAUGGGAUGAGCAGAUGAAGGUCACUCAGUCCCAUCUGCAGGAGAAAGUGAGCUCACUCCAAAAUUUGAAGAAUCAGUAUCCUGCAAAUGUUUCACUUCCACCUCCAUUUGUUCCGUAUUCUCAAUCUGCUCAGGGUGGCAUUCCUGUUAUGCCUCCAACUUUGCCUUCAACUACACCUCCACUGGUUCCCCCACCUCUAUCAUCUGUGUCUCAGUUAUCCAACUCCUCCUCUGUCCCUUCAGGAUCCAGUUCUCAAAGCAGUCAAUCUACUGAAACACCAAGGCCAGCUCUGCUUCCCACUCCUGGUACCUAUGCAUCAAAAAUAUCUAGUUCACCUGUGUAUUCAGCUUACCAUUCUCAAGGAAGCUCAUCCUUCAGCUCUUCAGACCACGGAAAGUCUCAAGUUCACCAUAAUAAACAAACUGAGCAAGGAUGUGGGGAACUGAAAACCCCUUCUGCAUUGUCUUCAACAUACACACCUACCAUGCAGGAUAAACCAGUGAGAUCAGGUGGAUUGCUUCCAGAUCCUCCCAGAUCAGCACGUUUUGAAGGUCCCAGAGGUCCUCGAUUUGAUGGGCCUCGAGGAAGAGGAUACGACAAAUUUGAAGGCUCAAGGCCGAGAGGGCCCCGUUUUGACUCCCAGCGCUCAGAAGGACACAGGUCACGUUUUGACCGACAGAAUACUGAUGGACAGCAUACGAGUAGAUGGGGCAAUAUCCCACGUGGACCAGCAGGACAAUUUUAUACUUCCCAAAAUACAUCACAUGCACAUGGUUCUCGACCUGGUGGUCCACGGUGGAGGGGGCCUAGGCCUCAUUUAGGACAGCAGCAGUCACAAACAGACUCAAGAUCAGAAAACAAAGAGCCUUUUACAGACAUAGCUGGCAAUCAGCAGACUGUAAGUGGAACGCAAUCACCUCCUGAUGUGAAGAGUACCAGUUCAGCUGAGCCAAAUGAAGACCUGGCAAACACUCAACAGGAACCAUCCAAAGCUGAAGUCAAAGAAACCACUUCAGACCCUCCUAAAAAGUGGACGUGGAGUUCACAUGAUCCUAACGAGCAAGUAGAAGAGUCCAAAGGAAGUACUUCACCUAUUCCAAACCAGAAUUCAGCAUCCCUUUCUAGUAAUUCUGUAGCUUUGCAGUCAGGUGUUGCAAGGACAGGAGGUGCAGUAACCCCUGUAACAGGAAAUGAGGAUCUGGAUUCCACAGACAGUCAAUUGCUUGAUUCAGAUAGUACCCAGAUAGUACCUGGGCCAGAAGGCAGAGGGAAAGGGUCUUUUAUGCAUGAAGAUAGAGGCAAGGGGCAUAUAAACAGAGGAAGAGGACAGGGCAGAGGGCAAGGAGAUGGCCGUGGCUGGGGUAUGGGCCGUGGCAGAGGCAUGGGCAGGAUGGAUGGCCGAGGAAUGGGCAGGAUGGAUGGCGGCCGGGGAAUGGGAAGAAUGGACGGUGGCUGGGGAAUGGGCAGGAUGGAUGAUGGCCAUGGCUGGGGAAUGGGCAGGAUGGACGAUGGCCGUGGCAGAGGAUAUGUGUACAGAGGGAGAGGGCAGGCUAGGCAGGCAUCCAUCCGUGGCAGGGGCAUGUUCAGGAGAGCAGGCAGCAGGGAAAGGAUGCCAGAUGGGCGGUCAGGGAGCAGGGAGAGGAUGCCAGAUGGACGAUCUGGCAGCCGAGAGAGGACGAUGGGUGGCCAGUCUGAUAGCCGGGAGAGGGUGAUGUCUAGCCGAGACAGAGAGCUAGCUGGGCGGCCAGGCAGCCGGGACAGGGGACAGCGGGCAGGCAGCAGGGAAAGAGGCCCUGUCAGGCGGGCAGGCAGCAGGGAGAGGGAGCCCAUGCGGCGGGCAGGCAGCAGGGAAAGAGUCCCAGUCAGGCGGGCAGGCAGCAGGGAGAGGGUCCUUGUCAGGAGAGCAGGGAGUCGUGAGAGAGGUCCUGUCAGGAGGGCGGGUAGUCGUGAGAGAGGUCCUGUCAGGAGGGCAGAUAGCCGGGAGAGGGAAGCAGGAGGCAAUAUGGAUAAACCAAGUCACCUAGGAGAUGACCCUGACAACAUGCCUCCUUACCAUCGAGAUGAGACACUCAGGGGUUCUUGGGGUCAUGAAGAUGAGAGAAUGCAUGAGGAAUUUCCUUUGGAUAGUAGAGAUGACCCUUCGAUGGAGCACGAGCAUUUGGAUGACUGGGAAAGAGAACGAUACUGGAGAGAUCACAACUCUGAUUAUCAGGAUGAUUCUGUAGAUCCAUAUGAUAGAGAUGACAGACUGCCAUCUCAUCAUUCAAUGCCUCCAUUAUCUCCGCUAUCAGCACUACCUCAUUUAUCAUCUGAUCAUGACAGACGAGAUUCAUGGUGGGAUGACUGGAAAAGGCCAAGAGAGAGGGAACUAGAGAGAGAUCUAGAUAGAACUGGGAGAUCCUCAGACAUUUACGAUCAAGAUUUGGACAGAGAAUGGGAUAAUAGAGACUGGGACAUGAGACCUAUGGAUGAUAGAGAAAUGGGGAAUCGUGACCUGGAUAUUCCCCCCCUACCACCACUACCACCCCUUCCACCUCUGGACAGAUACCGUGAAGACAGGUGGAGAGAGGAUAGGAAUAGAGACCAUUAUGACAGAGACCUCCGAGACAGAGGUGAGCUGAGAAUUCGAGAGUAUCCGGAGAGAUAUGACACAUGGCGGGAGAAACAGGACUUUGUUCCUGAAAGGAAUGAUUGGGAGAGGGAACGGUUGUCAGAUAGGUGGUAUCCAGACGAUGGAGACAGAGUAAGAUCUUUGGAUGGUCAGCUGGAUUCAUCCCUUCUUCCACCUUCACAUUCCUCUGAUAUGCUGGGAACAGAUUCCAACCUGGACUCAGAACAGUCCUUGGGGGGAGUGAUGGUCCUGAGCCAAAGACAGCAUGAAAUAAUUCUGAAAGCUGCCCAGGAGCUCAAAAUGCUUCGAGAGCAAAAAGAACAGCUGCAAAAGUUGAAAGAGUUUAAACCUGACAUUUCCACGCAGGACUCUCCAAGAUCACAGAACACAGGCACGAGACCAGGUGCCUUUCAGGUAAAUAUUGAGGAACGCUGGGAUGAAGAUUCUUUCCACGGACUCUGGGACACAAAUGAAGAUAAAGGAGCAAAUAUGGAAUAUGAAUUACGUAAUCAGGAGUCAAUGAUGCCUCCACCAGUAUCCUCGCCUGUGAAAGUACCUGCUGUUCACACCUCUGUUCCGUCAGCUGUACCAGGAACACUGCCUCCAGUUAUUCCACCGGUUCCUAAAGCACCUGUAAUUCAGCAAACUGUGGAUUACGGCCAUGGACGAGAUAUAACCACCAGUAAAGUGGAACAGAUUCCAUAUGGGGAGAGGGUAACUCUGCGUCCAGAACCUCUACCAGAGAGGCAAACAUUUCAAAAAGAGCACCCUGGUCGUUACAACAGAGAAAGAGACCGUGAGCCCUAUUUUGAGCGUCAAGGCAACUCAAAUGUGGAUCACAGGGAUUUCAAGAGAGAGCGGGAAUUACACAGAGAGCGUGGUUCUGUGGACUAUGACCGAGAGAGAUUUGAAAAAGAGCGUCAUCCCCGAGAUGAUAGGGUUCUUCCUACUGCGCCUUCAAGGACUCCGUCUUACCGUGACAAGAAAGACCAUCCCCCCUCUAGGAGGGGUGGAUUUGACAGACCACCAUAUGAAAGAAAGACAGAUCGUCCAGCAUAUGAUCAUGGGCCGUCCAUGUUUGGAGAAAAUUCUUCUGUCCAAUCACUGGAAUUUGAAGGUGAUCGUAGAAAUUACCCCGAGGAAAGGAUUCCUAUUUCUGCUCCAUCAAUGCCCCGUCAGCCACCACCUGCUCCACGAGUGGAAAGGAAGCCAGAAUCUAAAAAUGUAGAUGAUAUUUUGAAGCCACCAGGACGAGACAGCAGGCCAGAGAGGAUUGUAAUCAUCAUGAGAGGGUUGCCUGGCAGUGGAAAGACACAUGUAGCAAAACUCAUCAGGGAUAAGGAAGUGGAGUGUGGAGGACCUGCACCAAGGGUGCUCAGCCUGGAUGAUUAUUUCAUCACUGAAGUAGAAAAGGAAGAGAGAGACCCAGAUACAGGGAAAAAAGUAAAAAAGAAGGUGAUGGAAUACGAAUAUGAAGCUGAUAUGGAAGAGACUUACCGUACCAGCAUGUUUAAAACUUUCAAAAAGACAUUAGAUGAUGGCUUCUUCCCCUUCAUUAUCCUUGAUGCUAUCAAUGAUAGAGUGAGACAUUUUGAGCAGUUUUGGAGUGCAGCAAAAACCAAAGGUUUUGAGGUAUACUUGGCUGAAAUGAGUGCAGAUAACCAGACCUGUUCCAAGAGGAAUAUUCAUGGACGGAAGCUAAAGGACAUCAGCAGGAUGUCUGAUCACUGGGAGGCAGCACCACGUCACAUGAUGCGCCUGGACAUUCGUUCUUUGUUGCAAGAUGCUGCUAUUGAGGAGGUGGAGAUGGAGGAUUUUGAUGCAAAUAUUGAAGACCAGAAAGAAGAAGCCAAAAAGGAUACAACAGAGGAAGAAGAGAGUGAACUGUGGAAGAAGCCACUUAAUGCUUUCAAAGACAUGACCACUCAGUAAUGUGCUGAGCAGAGGCAAUUGAGCCGGCACCAGAAGACUCAUUGAGAAAAGAUCUGAGAGAUGGUGAACUGAGUUUUGCAAACUGCUCAACUAUCAAAACCCAGCGUAUCGUGGGAACUGUAAGGGCCAGUGAAUACUCAAAACACACUUCUGGGACAUUACAUGCUGUUCUCAGGUGAUGUUGGUGCCGUGCUCACACAAAAUGCUUUCCACGCUGGCUCCAGCAUUGCCUGCAAAGAGAGGAGCUGCUCUGCGAAGACUGCUGCUGACAUUGGCUUCCAGGCAAAAACAACUGCAGAGGGCUCAGAUGGACAGCUCUUGAGCCUGGUGGGUGGCUGUGACUGAUGCAGCAGGGCAUGUAAUGGUUCUGGAGAAGGAAGACCUCACAGAAUUGUAGGGGUUGGAAGGGACCUCUAGAGAUCAUUGAGACCACCCCCCCUGCCAAAGCAGGUUCCCUAUACCAGGUCGCACAGGUAGGCGUCCAGGCGAAACUUGAAUAUCUCCAGAGAAGGAGACUCCACAACCUCCCUGGGUAACACGAUGGUAACAGGCAGGCUAUUGACUGAGGCCUUCAUGUUCAACAUUUGUUGAGAAACAGAUCUUGAGAAUUGUGUUUGGGAUAGUCCUACAUCUGUGUUGGCCUGUGAUUCUUGACAGUCUUCCUUGUAGCUGCUCAGAAAUACUUCUUCAGAGAGAAUUCCCUCUGAAGUGAGGUGAUUCCUUCUAGAACUUGAAAUGCAGCAUCUUCCUAAGUAAACCCACCAUCUUCAAGGAUUUGAUUUCCCAAUUGGGAUCCUAAUUCAAGCACAGAAAGCACUGCUGCCAGAAUCCUAAUUAUGUUGCAGGACAGAAGGUGCUCACACAUAUAACACAGAUCUCCAGUUAAGUGCUGCCCUGUGGGUGAGUACACUGUUGUCACUCCUUUACUUUCAAUUAAUAAUGAAAACACCGUGAUGUUCCUGAAACAGAACAUUUAUCACCAAUCAAACAUCCCCACUCUGGCUCGGAAAGGCAAGAGCCUUGGACAGCUACUCACUAAGAUGGUGUUUCCAGCUCCCCUAUGCUGCUCUGCUAGGUCCUACUCACAUCAGAGCUGUCUGUUCUCAGUUUCAGCAGCCGUUUGUGCCAUUCAAGUGGCUCUGUUGUUGGCCAGCCUCAGGUGUACAAAGGGCACUUUCUAGUGGUUCUUCUGGGGCACCUGCCUUCUACCCAAAGUUUGAGGUGUGAAGUGAAAAGCACCCAGAGCUCAGAGCGAGCUUCACAGUGCUGUGCUAGGGCCCAGCCUUCCACAAAAGAAACACAACACACUGAGGAGUCUCACUGAGGCCAUGGGCUGCCAAAGCUGAGAUGAUCAGCUGUGCUGCUGAGAUCACAGCCAUAGCCCCUGACACUUCUCAACAUGAGUGUUUCAGAACUGCUUGCAAUGGUUACUCACAUGAAGUGGGUGCUGUGGCUUUAAAAUUACAAUUUCUAAAGCGCUAUCUCUUUGUGACUGUAGCUACUGUUCCUAAAGAUUUUAUUUAUUUCUUUGAUUUAGAAGAGCCUUUGGAAUUUUUAUUUGAAUACAGAUUGCACUGCCAGCCAUGGGGAUGCUAGUGGAUGUGUGGACACAUGGGGCUGGCCUCAUGUUUCCCCUGACCACGAGCUCACCUUGACUUCAAACCUUCCUUUCCAGAGGUGGUCCUCAUUUCUUCUCUUUUUCUUAUUUACAGACUGGGUGGCUAGAAAGGGAGAAAGAUGUCUUAGGCUGUGGGGUAUGCUGCCUUCCCUCUGAGAGCCUGGUGAGGGCUGGUUUUAUAGAAAGAGAGGGAUAUAGGUAUGCGUAGGUGCGUUUAUGUUGUCAUAUAUCUAACAGAGCCAAUUUUGUAAAGCCAUACAAAGUAUUUUUAAUGAUAUCUGUACUUUGCAUAAAGCUAUGAAUGACAUAUGACAUGCAUUCAGUAAUUCAGUAAAAUACUUUUCUUCAAGUUUCCAUU